UAGAUGAGGUAGAAAAGCCCAUUAAAAUAUGCAAGUGGGCCACACAUCUGGCUCUGAGAUUUUUAGCCAUCAAUUUGAAAAGGGAAAUCUGGAAUUAAGGCUCAUUCACCUGACUUUCUGUCUGCACUAACAGGACCUGGCCUGUUAUUUAUGGCCAUUUACCCGGGUACAGAGGAAAUCUCCUUUAUGGUUUUAGGCAGAGAACCACAAAGAACUGAAUGUCCUCUGAAUCUCUAACAAGCCAGGCCGUGUCCCUCAUUGUUUCAUUGUGUUCUAGUGAGCUACUUUUACUCUUUGUCCUGUUUGUUCCAAGUAUCUCUGCCUGUCUUGCUUUGCUAUGUUAGAGUCUGCUGUUCUAUAGGACAGUCCCACAGUAUGACAGAACAGGGGACAGAGACACAUUGAGGCAGAUGGGCCCCUUUCAGCAAAAGCAGGUUAGAGUAAAACCUAACCUGGUAAAACCAAAUAAUUCAAGGAAAAGAACUGCCCCAGGAUUGUUGAAGUGAAAGAAGUGAAAUCACAAAGCUGGUUGAAGAUUUCACCAGAGGCUCUUCACAAAUCAUGAAGUGAUCUGUCUUGAGCUGGAAUUCAGAUUUUUUCCCCAAUAUUCAGAGCUACAGAAAGCACAUUGGAGCUUCCAGCCAUUAACUUUGAUAGUGCCCAAAACAGCAUGACGAAGUCUGAGCCCGCCAUCAAAGUGGGUGGACAUAGAACUCGAGGUCAGUGGCAUGAGUCCACAGAAGCUGUUGAACUUGAAAAUUUUAGUAUAAACUACAAAAAUGAGAGAAAUUUCAGCAAACACCCCCAACAUAAACUAUUUCAGGAGAUCUUUACAGCCUUGGUGAAAAAUAGACUCAUAUGCAGAGAGUGGGUUAAUCGAGCCCCAUCCAUCCAUUUUCUGAGAGUGUUAAUUUGUCUAAGACUACUAAUGAGGGAUCCAUGUUAUCAGGAAAUACUCCACAGCUUGGGUGGGAUUGAAAACCUAGCUCAGUACAUGGAGAUGGUGGCCCAUGAGUACCUCAGCUACGGAGAAGAGCAGCACAGUGUGGACAAGCUGGUCAACAUGACAUAUAUUUUUCAGAAACUUGCUGCUAUCAAAGACCAAAGAGAAUGGGUUACCACAAGUGGAGCCCACAAGACAUUAGUAAAUUUACUUGGUGCCCGAGAUACUAAUGUUCUAUUGGGUGCCCUUCUCGCUUUGGCUAGUUUAGCUGAAAGUCCAGAAUGUAGGGAGAAGAUAAGUGAACUUAAUAUUGUAGAAAAUCUGCUGAUGAUUUUACAUGAAUAUGACUUGCUUUCUAAAAGACUAACUGCAGAGUUACUGCGCCUGCUUUGUGCCGAACCCCAGGUGAAAGAGCAGGUGAAGCUCUAUGAGGGGAUUCCUGUACUCCUCAGUCUCCUCCACUCGGACCACCUGAAACUGCUCUGGAGCGUUGUCUGGAUUCUAGUUCAGGUUUGUGAGGACCCCGAGACCAGUGUGGAAAUUCGCAUUUGGGGAGGCAUCAAGCAGCUUCUUCAUAUUUUACAAGGAGAUAGAAAUUUUGUUUCUGAUCGUUCUUCCAUUGGAAGCCUGUCUAGUGCAAAUGCAGCAGGCCGGAUCCAGCAGCUUCAUUUGUCGGAAGAUUUAAGCCCUCGGGAAAUACAAGAAAAUACUUUCUCCCUUCAAGCAGCCUGCUGUGCUGCUCUCACUGAACUGGUGCUCAACGACACCAAUGCCCACCAAGUGGUUCAGGAAAAUGGUGUAUAUACAAUAGCAAAAUUAAUUUUACCAAACAAACAAAAGAAUGCAGCAAAAACAAAUCUGUUACAGUGUUACGCUUUCAGAGCCUUGAGGUUUCUCUUCAGUAUGGAAAGAAACAGACCACUCUUUAAAAGACUUUUCCCCACCGACCUGUUUGAGAUCUUCAUUGAUAUAGGACAUUAUGUUCGGGAUAUCAGUGCUUACGAAGACCUGGUGUCAAAGCUGAAUUUAUUAGUGGAGGACGAACUAAAACAAAUUGCUGAAAAUAUUGAAAGCAUUAAUCAGAAUAAAGCUCCUUCAAAAUAUAUAGGCAACUAUGCGAUUUUGGACCAUCUUGGAAGUGGAGCUUUUGGCUGUGUGUACAAGGUUAGGAAGCGUAGUGGCCAAAACCUUUUAGCAAUGAAAGAAGUCAAUCUACAUAAUCCAGCAUUUGGGAAGGAUAAAAAAGAUCGAGACAGCAGUGUAAAGAAUAUUGUUUCUGAAUUAACGAUAAUUAAAGAGCAGCUUUAUCAUCCCAAUGUUGUACGCUAUUACAAAACAUUUCUGGAAAAUGACAGGUUGUAUAUAGUUAUGGAGCUUAUAGAGGGGGCCCCUCUUGGAGAGCAUUUCAGUUCUUUGAAGGAAAAGCAGCACCGUUUUGCUGAGGAGAGACUGUGGAAAAUAUUUAUACAGCUGUGCUUAGCUCUUCGGUACCUACACAAGGAAAAGAGGAUUGUCCAUAGAGAUCUGACGCCAAACAACAUUAUGUUGGGGGAUAAGGACAAAGUAACAGUUACUGACUUUGGUCUGGCAAAGCAAAAACAAGAAAACAGCAAACUCACGUCUGUUGUUGGAACGAUCCUGUAUUCCUGCCCUGAGGUACUGAAGAGUGAGCCGUAUGGAGAGAAGGCUGAUGUCUGGGCAGCCGGCUGCAUCCUUUAUCAGAUGGCAACUCUGGAUCCUCCCUUCUACAGCACCAACAUGCUCUCCCUGGCUACUAAAAUAGUGGAGGCAGUGUAUGAACCAGUACCAGAAGGUAUCUACUCCGAAAAAGUGACAGAUACCAUCAGCAGGUGCCUCACUCCUGAUGCAGAAGCCCGCCCAGAUAUUGUAGAAGUCAGUUCUGUGAUAUCAGAUGUCAUGAUGAAGUAUUUAGACAAUUUAUCUACAUCUCAACUGGCCUUGGAGAAGAAGCUGGAACGGGAACGGAGGCGCACACAAAGGUAUUUUAUGGAAGCCAACCGGAAUGCAGUCACGUGUCACCAUGAGCUGGCUCUGCUGUCUCUGGAAACCUUUGAGAAGGCAAGCUUGAGUAGCAGCAGCAGUGGAGCGGCCAGUCUGAAAAGUGAAUUUUCUGAAAGUGCAGACUUGCCCCCUGAAGGCUUCCAGGCCCCCUGUGGAAAGGAUGAAGACAGAGCCUGUGACGAAAUCUUGUCAGAUGAUAACUUCAACCUGGAAAAUAUUGAGAAAGAUAUAUAUUCAGAGCUAGAUGAUGAGUUGGACAUUUCGGAUAACUCCAGCAGCUCCAGUUCAAGCCCUUUGAAAGAGUCUACAUUCAGCAUUUUAAAGAGAAGUUUUAGUGCUUCAGGAGGAGAAAGACAAUCCCAAACAAGGGAUUUCUCUGGUGGAAUAGGAUCAAGACCAAGACCAGCUUUGCUGCCUCUUGACCUGCUUCUGAAAGUGCCACCCCCCAUGCUCAGGGCCCACAUUAAGGAACUAGAGGCUGAGUUAGUGACAGGGUGGCAGUCCCAUAGCCUUCCCACAGUGAUUCUUCGCAAUCUCAAAGAUCAUGGGCCACAGAUGAGCCCAUGCAUGUGGCAAGCAUCUGCAGGGAUUGCUGUGUCCCAGAGGAAAGUACGUCAGAUCAGUGAUCCUAUUCAGCAGAUCUUAAUUCAGCUGCACAAAAUCAUCUACAUCACACAGCUUCCUCCAGCUUUGCACCACAAUUUGAAAAGAAGGGUUAUAGAAAGAUUCAAGAAAUCCCUCUUCAGCCAGCAGAGUAACCCUUGUAAUUUGAAAUCUGAAAUUAAAAAGUUAUCUCAGGGAUCUCCAGAACCAAUUGAGCCCAACUUUUUUACAGCAGAUUACCAUUUAUUACAUCAUGCAUCGGGUGGAAACAGCCUGUCCCCAAAUGACCCAACAGUUCUGCCCACCAGCUUUGAUUUGGAGGAGGGAAUAACAUAUGAACAGAUGCAGACUGUAAUUGAAGAAGUUCUAGAGGAAAGUGGCUAUUACAAUUUUACUUCUAACAGGUAUCACUCUUAUCCAUGGGGGACCAAGAAUCACCCAACCAAAAGAUGAAAAUGCUGCAUUUCAAAUGGACUCAUUUUUCCCAGUGAAGUUCAAUCUCUAGACUUCAGCCACUACUACGGGAUGCCCAAAGGGUUGGAUACUGCUGGAAGGGUGUGAAAGAGAAGAGACCAAGAUGCUGUGGUGCCUGCAGGACCUCUUUCUGGAUUUCUGAUGUCCUAAGCUUUAUGACAGCUGCAGUGCUUUGGGGCUGCAUUCCCAGGAUGCUUUUUAUACAGGAUGACAGGACUCUUGGUGUGCUCCCGGGAGAAAAUGCUGCAAAAUUCAUCUGUGGGAGGAAAACCCACUCCUCACAGAACUUUCCUCCAAGUUAAAAAAAGAAAGAAACUUGUCAUAUUUUUCAUAGGAAUAUUUUAUACUCAGGAUUGCUUAAACUAUGUUUAGAGGCAUCUAGCCUUCCAUGUAUAAAAAAUAAGUUUUAGAUAAGGAAAGUUACAAGACCCAGAAUAAUAUAUUGGGUGAUUCACUGUAUCCCCCAAUUUUUUUAAACUUAAAAGAAAUUCAAUAUAUGUGCUGGAUUUUUUUUUUUCUCAAAAAUGAAAGGAUUGUCUCUCUUUUAAACACUUGGGUGCUAGUGAUCUCAAACUGUGAUUCAGUGUAGACAGUAUUUGUGACUUUGCACAGCCUCUGGGAAUAAUUGUCAACUUGUCAGAUUUGAGUUAGACUAAUAGGAUAUAUUGAUGUACAGUAUGUGCAUAUUACACACACACACACACACACACACACACACACAUACGGGGCAGAGGGAGGUUUUCAUUAGAUUAAUGCUUUUGCUGCUAAUCGAAAUUAUAGUGUUUUUAGAGCACUUUGAAGAGUUCAUAGAAUCUAUGAAAGAGAUGCAAUAUUCCUUAUUUGAAGUCCCUCCUUACUAAAAUUACUUACAUUGUUUUAAAAUUUUUAUUGUUUAGGAAUUUGAAAUGAAGUCAGUUAUAUAGUAAAUUUUAAGUUCCUUCUUUAUUCAUUGAGACAGCCCUAAGAAAGAGAAGUCAGAAAGCCAAACAGCUUCCCAUUCCCAAGGAAGGAGAAUUUAUUAUGAUAAUUCGCUAGAUCCUUAUUAGGCUAAAAUCCUUUCCCUUUAUCUGGCUUCUUAUAACUCUGGUGUAAUGUCAAGAAAUGCCCUUACUGCCAAAUUUAACUACUUUUAGAGGAUGUUGUUUUCUCCUAAGUAAUUAGUAAUCUGGACUUAGAAAUGAUGCUUUUAAUUUGCGUCUCACUAAAUUCUGUUUUAUUUAUGUUGAUAUCUUUGUAGCAGGAUUGGCAUAGAAUUUAGCUCAAUAUAUUUACAGUGGCUAAAUACAACCCUUUUAUAUAGUAUGAAAACAUCUCAAUGUGAACCAUAAGUAUUUUUUAAAUUAUGUUAAGUAAUUAAAUCCAAAUUCCCUUUAAUCUUUCACUACUGCCUUUGAUGAUUGUCAAUUAAUCUUUCUGUCUUUAAACCAAGUUAAUAAUUACAAAUCUCCAUAAUUUAAAAUUAUACAUCCAAAUACCAUAACAAAAAAUUUCAGUUUCAGCUUUUCAAACCAAUGAUCAUUCCAUCCAUAUGUAAAAUUUGUAUGCAAAAUCAAAAUGCUAUUUACUCAGGCAAAAAUUUUUAUUUCAACUAAUUUGAACCUACAAUAUCACUCUUUUUAAAUUUAAUUCUUACAGAAUGGGUUCAUUUUCUCAUUGUGCAGAAAAAACAUAGACCUAGAGAGCACAAAUUCUAUUUGUGACAGAUGCCAAUACCUAGAAGUAAACCAAGCUAUGGGAUUUAAGUUUGGACAAUAAACUUCUUUCUCAAAUAGUAGUAUAUAGUAAACAGAUUAGAAAAGAAGUAUUCAGAGAUCAAAACUUAGUAAGAAAAGAGAAACAAUUUCUUUGAAGGUAUUUUUGAAUGCAUAUAGUUGACCUUAUUGAUCAGAAAAGAAGCAAGAUGUUCUUAUCUAACUCUUUGAGGCCAUACAAGUGUCAUUUAGCACCCUACAAGCCAAGAAGAAUUAAUUAAAAAAAAGUAAGCAAAUGAAUUUUCUUUUCAGCAGCAGCAGCUCAAGUCCAUCAGCUCAAUGAUCAUAGAUGGACUGUUUUGGUAAAAUACUGUCUUCCAUAUGAAUUCCACCUUAAACUACCAUAAACAUUGAAUCAACAUCUUCCCCUUGAAUGCUCAAAUCUCUAAGAGAAAGUUGGACAAUGGCAAAGACACCAUUUUGUGUAGGUCAUAUCCCAGCAGUGGAAGCCAGCUUUCCAAAAGCCCUCAUUAUCUAACUUUCAAACAAGGAGCUCCUCUCUCAUAAGAGUGAUAAUUUUGUUUUGAUUAUCUGAAUGUCUUCUGUUGCAAAGAAGAUGUUAUUUGAUCUUAAAGGAUUUCAUAAUUUUUUUAUUACAUUUUCAAAAUUUCUCUUUCUCUUAUAUAAUUUUUAAUUAUUUGUUGUGUGAUGAAAUCCCUGUGAAUUCACCUAAUUCCCUGGGGCUGAAUAUUUUUUUAGGAUAGAAUAUGAAUCAGUCUUUUCAGAUUACUUUUGAGUCACAAAUGCUCCAGUUAAUUAUGUUUUGAUCCACCAGCUCUGUGUGAAUAUAUGUACUUGAGACCUUGAUUUGCUUUUUAAAAACAAAAUAUUCCAUUCUCAGGGCGGUGUCAGCAGCAUGGAUUUUGCUUGCUUGUUGUUAAAGUUGUCUUCUUCCACAUGUGUGAUCUUUAAUUGUAGCCUCUCAGUGGAUAGUAACAGGGACACUACACCUAGGGUUCAGAAACCUCCUAAUGAAAUGUUGCUUGGGCUUCGUGAGGGCACUGCGUGACCUUGGGAAGUAUGCACAGAGUCUGUUUUGGCAUUCUAAAAAGCAGAACAUAAUUAAACACUGUUACAAAGUUUACAAAUGAUAUCACUGAUUAGGAGUUUAGGUCUUUCUACUGGUAACAUCUACAACUUAUUUAAAUGCUAUGAAUGUUGAUGUUCAAAAAUAAAGAUAGCACUGAUAGAUUAUGUGUAAUUCCAGCAAUAUCAAUUACUCACAACUCAUAUUUAAGAAGUGUAAAGACAAUAAUAUUGUUUAGUCAAUUCUAUCAGUGUUAAUAUGCGUAGAAUCUACAUUCCUUUCAUUGAUUUGCUUAAUUGCAAAAUAUGUUAUUUCCCUCUUGUUUUGGAAUGGUGAGGGACUUUGCACAGUAAAUAUGCUGCUUUCCUAUAGAAAUGAUUUCAGCUUCUGUCUGAAGGCAGGAAAAAUUCCUGUUUAAGCUAUUUUUAUUGUUUGCCUUUUGCUUUUUCUUUAUGUUGUAUAUUCAUGAGCACAUAAAUCAACUGGUGAGACAGUGCAAAGGAACUGGGGCUGAAAUAGUACUCAGCAACACUGGACAGUCAGCUAUGAUGGGUUCCUAAGCAAGGGAAACUUAAUGCUUCCAUAUAUUGACUUUGACUACUUGGAAGAAAUUCCACCCAAACAUGAACUUCUUCAUGUUUACCAACUAAAUGUGGUUAUAAGUGUGUAACUGUAUUAAUUAUCUUUUGGUGGACAUUGGCAAGUUUUGGAUAGAUAAUUUUUCCAAUUGAAAUGUGCUGCUAACACUGUGCAUACCCUUUAAUACUAUUUUUCAUAUUGAUCUCAGGGAAACAACUUUGUGAUAAAGAAAUUAUGUGUCAUUACAGUUAAAUUACAUAUUGUAAAUAUGACUGGUUGGUUAUAUUCCUGCUGUGAUAUUGUUUUGAGAUUUGCAAGAGGGACAGGAAAGAUUUUCUGAUUUUGAUGAGGUAAUUGAUGGAUAUCAUAAUUUACAUGCCCUCAGGGUCCAUGGGCAAUGGUGGUUGAUUUUUAAAAGGAAGAUCACACACCCUAAAAUCAUAGCAGCAUUCUUGGCAUGCAAGGUAUGCUAGAGAUUGUACUAAAAAUGUGCAACACUGAACUCUAAUAAUGUAAGAUAUUUAAAACACUAUUUAUUGCUUUUAUCCUAAAAGUAAAGGAACUUUAUUCCUAAUUGAAAACUGAAUAUUCUUCCCUAAACAUAAGAAGCAUCUCUUUUCUUUUUGUUUUGUUUUGCUUUGGAAUUAUAAAGUUUGCACUGCCCAGGUGCUGUAUUUAGAGGCAGCAAAAAUGUGAUGCAGGAAAUAUGUGACUUACGUGUUGUCAUUUGGAAGUAGCAUACCUUCAUUUCCCCUAAUCAGAGAUAGAAGUUUUGCCUUUAUGGAAAAUUAUAGCUGACUGACAUUUUGGCAGAUAAUCACAUCCGGAUGGAUGCUUGGAAUUGAUCUGGUGGGCUCACAAAUAACAAAUUAACUGAAGUUUUUGAAUUGGUCCCCUAAAACAAGUAGAGAGAGGAACAAAUGAUUUAAGGCCUUUGAACUUCUGAGUCAGACAUAAAGUUCACACAGAAUAUUCAUAGCCCAUGAUUUAGUUCUAUAUUUCAAGUGCCAUUUCAGUCAGGAUUCUGAAAAAAGACUAUACAGCUUAUGAAUGGCUGUUAAAUUUAAAAAAAAAAAAAACCUUGUCCUCUACUCCAUUUACCUCACACUUCAGACAAAUUUUA